AUGGCUGAGCUAUUUGAUUUAGACCCCACCUAUGUGACACCAAUCAUACCUCCAGAGUUUGAAGUUUACGAGUCCCGUCGACGGCCAUCUGUUCUCUUUGUACCCGAGGCACCUACCGACUUUGACAUUGAGUCUACUCCACUGCGAGACAAGCUUAUAGACUCUUCUCACAAGUCUUCAUGCCCCGAACCCCAACGCAGCUCACGCCGCAAGACACGUUCUGAGGAUGGGAGAUGGAAUUCAAAGGACAAAACGGAACAACCAAGCCCGCCACCACGUGACCCAAAUGCCUAUGAGUCGGUCCCUGUAGUGGAACCUGUCUACAAGAACCCAAGCUCAGCAGUAAAAUCACGUGAACGUGACUGGGAACGCCUUCGCAAGUACUUUGCUUGGCUACCCAAGCUGGUUAUUCAGAAAACAUUUGAUUGUACCACACAACUAGCACGAAUACCCAUGAGUGCACACCUACAGCGUCAUUACCGUUCUCCGUUCCCAGCCCUCAAUGUCAACCGCCGUAGUGAAGGAGUUGCUACAGAUACUGUCUAUGCUGACACACCCGACAUUGAACAUGGUCAUGUAGCUGCACAAUUCUAUGUGGGGAUCUCCUCUCUUGUCAGUGAUGUAUAUGGUGUCAAUACCGAUGCACAAUUCCUUCAGACACUUCAAGAUAAUGUACGAAAACGAGGAGCACCCAGCAAACUUGUGAGCGAUCGUGCGCAGGCUGAGGUUUCCAAGGCAGUGAAGGACUACCUCCGAUGGCUCUGCAUUGAUGAUUGGCAGAGUGAACCACAUCGUCAGAACCAGAACCCGGCUGAACGAAGGUACCAAGACAUAAAGCGACUGGCCAACAGGAUUCUAGAUCAAACUGGAGCACCUCCAAGCCUUUGGCUUUUGGCACUUCGUUACGCUUCUUUUGUCUACAACCACACUGCUGUGCAGAGCUUAGGAUGGCUGACUCCCAUCCAAGUGCUCACUGGCAUUACUCCAGACAUAAGUGUUCUUCUCCGCUUUGCAUUUUAUGAGAAGGUAUACUAUAGAACGGAGGAACCCAGCUUCCCUUCUGAUUCGCCUGAAUCCAUUGGUUAUAUGGUAGGCAUCGCCGAGCAUGUUGGUCAUGCAAUGACAUACAAGAUCCUCAACCCGGAGACAAACAAAAUCCUGUUUCGGUCUGAGAUCCGCUCUGCAGCCUCACCCAAUGACCCCAACAAACGUCUUGAUCCAUCUGAUGGGGAGGAGUUGCCAUCCCCUACAGUAAUCAAAUCCAAAUCAGACAAUGUCAAAUCUGUUGUUUACUCUAGUGAUGAUGAGUCAGAUAAAAAGGACGUUGUUGUCGAGAACAAAGAUCUCAUUGGUCGUACCUUUCUCAUGCAACCCAAUGAAGAAGGACAUGUACAUCGUGCCAAAAUCGUGGAACUCAUCGAUAAGCACAAUGACAAGACAACCAACAACCCAGCACAUCUCAAAUUCCGUGUCAGUAUCAAUAAUGACCAGUAUGAAGAUGUGAUGGCCUACAAUGAGAUUUUGGAGAGACUGGAAGCUGAUGAAGAGAAUCCAAUUGUUUGGAAGUUCAAGCGAAUCGUGUCACAUCAAGGACCACUUCAACCUGAUCAUCCAUCAUAUAUGGGUUCCACUUACAAUGUAGCAAUGGAAUGGGAGAAUGGGGAGAUAACCCCAGAACCACUGAGUAUCAUUGGAGCCGAUGACCCAGUGGCCUGUGCCAUCUACGCAAGGGAUAACAACCUACUUGAAACCCCUGGUUGGAAGCGUUUUAAAAGCAUAGCAAAGAGAGAGAAGAAGCUUCUUCGCAUGAUCAACCAGGCCAAGCUUAGAUCGUUUUGUACUGCACCAAAGUACAUGUACGGUUACAAGAUACCAAAGGACUACAAUGAUGGACUUCGACUUGACAAACUUCACGGCAAUACCAAAUGGGCAGAUGCCACCAAGGUCGAGAUGGACCAGCUAGCAGAGUACAAGGUUUUUAUAGAUUUGGGAAAAGGAACUCCUAUCCCAAAGGGUUUCCAAAAGAUUUGA